UCACCAUGAAAGGAGUUUGGAAGGAGGAGGGAUGUUUGGGUUAAGGUCAAUCAUCCACAUGCUGAGAAUAAAUUAAAGUUAUUUUUUAAUAACAUGACUAAAAGACAAAAUAAACGUUAAAUGAGUGAAAUUUGUGCUAAGAUUGCUGAUUCUUUCAGGGUUUGUGAUGGAAAAACGUUUGCGUAAAUGGGUAGGUUUUACGCGCGCGUGGAUCUUCCCCACUCCAGUUUCAUUGCAUCAUCACUGUGACUCACUUCACCCAUUUCCCUCGUGGGAGCGCUACUGGCAGCCGACCAGAGCCCCUCCCUUCUCCCUGGCGUGUACAAGUAGGCUCCACGCCGGUCAUUCAGGAUUUGGAGCUGAUCGGAGGAGGAAAAUGCUGUCAGAGAUCGAGUGCGGGAUCUGCUACCGCAGCUUUAACGCGGCCCGCCGCUGUCCGCGGGAGCUGCACUGCAAGCACAGCUUCUGCGAGAGCUGCCUGCGCAGUUUGAGCCGGGGGCUGGCGGGGAGGACGGUCAUCGAUUGUCCGCUCUGCCGGCACCCCACCGUCCUCCCCGGGGAGGGCUGCGUCAGAGCGCAGCUCAGGGUGGAUGAGUGCGCCCUGGAGCGGCUGGUGGCUGCCGGGGUCCUGGACCAGGACCAGGAGGAGGAGGAGGAAGAGGGGGAGAUGAAGGAAGUCAAAGAAGACCCAGAGGAGGAGAGUGUCGUCUCCGGGGCAGUUGAGCGUGGGAUGCUGCGACGGUGCUGGAAGAAAGUGUGGCGGGUCAUAAGCGGCAAGACGACUGAGCAGAGAGUAGAUGACUGCAUGACCUCAGAUGAGCUAAGGAACCUGGCUUUGAUGUCCUGCUACAUGUUCUGAGCAUCAUUCCGUAUUUUUUUCUCCCAGCAAAAAAUGUGACUUUUUUUGUUUGUUUGUUAUCCAAUGAUGAAACUUUGCCUACCUGUGAACUGUUAACAAUUGUGACUGUUGCACUUAAAAGAACCAAAAACUGACAAAUAUGCACAUGUUAACACUGAUUAUGCACAAAUAUUUAAUAUUUAUUGUGUUUUUAUUAUGAAUCAACAUGUUUUGUUUUUUUAUGUUGUAUUUAAAGUUGAAUAAAUUAACAUUUUGACUAAACUC